UCCAGGGGCAGCCGGAGGUUCCGUCCAUGCGGUGCCCCCAGGGCCUGUACAGGCAAGGUUGAGCAAGAGGCCGUCUUGACCCCUAGGAGAGCAGAGCAGGAGGCUCACCUGAGUGGAGGACGAUGUUGCGUCGCAAGCCUUCCAAUGCCAGCGAGAAGGAGCCCACUCAGAAGAAAAAGCUCUCCCUUCAGCGCUCCAGCAGCUUCAAGGAUUUUGCCAAAUCCAAGCCCAGCUCCCCUGUGGUGAGCGAGAAAGAAUUUAACUUGGAUGAUAAUAUUCCUGAAGAUGACCCAGGUGUCCCUACCCCAGAAGAUGCUGGCAAGAGUGGCAAAAAGCUGGGAAAGAAGUGGAGGGCAGUGAUUUCCCGGACCAUGAACAGAAAGAUGGGCAAGAUGAUGGUGAAGGCCUUAUCAGAGGAGAUGGGAGACACACUGGAGGAAGGCUCGGCUUCCCCGUCAUCUCCAGACUGCAGCCUGGACAGCCCUGGUCCUGACCAUAUGGCUCUGGCCUUUUCUGAGCAGGAGGAGCAUGAACUCCCAGCUUUCAGCCGCCAGACAUCAACAGGCAGUGAACUCUGCAGCCCUAGUCCAAGCUCUGGAAGCUUCGUGGAAGAACCCCCUGCUCCCCAGUACACAGGGCCUUUCUGUGGGCGAGCACGAGUCCACACUGACUUCACUCCUAGCCCCUAUGACCACGACUCACUGAAACUGCAGAAAGGAGAUGUGAUCCAGAUCAUUGAGAAGCCACCUGUGGGCACAUGGCUGGGUCUGCUCAACGGCAAGCUGGGUUCUUUCAAAUUCAUCUAUGUGGAUGUGUUGCCUGAGGAGGCUGUGGGGCCUGUCCGUCCCAACCGCCGACAGAGCAAGGGCAAGAGGCCCAAGCCCAAGACUCUUCAUGAGCUGCUAGAACGCAUUGGCCUAGAGGAACACACAUCCACCCUGCUGCUCAAUGGCUACCAGACACUGGAAGACUUCAAAGAACUGCGGGAAACACACCUCAAUGAGCUGAACAUCGUGGAUCCACAGCACAGGGCCAAGCUGCUCACAGCUGCAGAGAUCCUGCUGGACUAUGACACUGGCAGUGAGGAAGCAGAAGAAGGCGCCGAGAGCAGCCAGGAACCAAUGGUGCACACAGUGUCGGAACCCAAGGUGGACAUCCCUCGUGAUUCUGGCUGCUUUGAGGGCUCAGAGAGUGGGCGUGAUGAAGCAGAACUGGCUGGCACUGAGGAGCAGCUGCACAGCCUCUCCCUGGCUGGAACACCUUGAGGCGAAGACAGCACAGGCCAAGGCUGGGCCUCAGCUGCAAAAGCCACAAAGACACUCAGCCUUCCGUAAUGGCUCAGGCCUGGAGGACUAACUGGUGCCUAAUCGGACCCUGCUUCCCCAGUGGAGGUUAGAGCAGAAGUCCCAGCCAGGGUGCUAUGAGUUCAGCUUGAGUGGACGAGGGGAUGCCUAAAGGCUUACCACACUUGCCUGACCUCCUUCUCCCUCCACCAGUGACUGACAGCACAGUGACCCCCUCCCCAGAAUUACCCACUCCCCAGCCAUGGCCACAGUAAUUGGAGCACUGGGCAACCUAGCCAUGGCACCCACCACCCAAAUCCCCAAGACCUCACUCCCAUACUACUGUCUUACUGCUUUUGAGAAGGGCACUAAGCCAGUGUUUCAGCUGAGUCUCAAAACCCUACGCAAGCUAGCCAUUUCGAAGGACUCCAGGUGGAUAUAGGUGAAUGCAGGAUUCCCUCAGUAAGGUUUGAAGAAAGUUGCACGGGCCAUCCCCACUAGCCUUCUCCUUGACUUUUUAAAGGUUUGGCUACCAAGUCACUAUGAGACUUUAACUACCUGCCUACUGCCAGGAACAUUAGUAAAAGCUAAUUUGGGGGAAGGAGUUACAUGUAAAUAUGAGGGUGCAGAGAGAAGUUGGUAGUG